AUGGACCCCUGCCCGCCGGUCUGGGCGCUGCUGCUGCUGCUGCUGCUGCCAGCCGUGGUGUCGCCGCUGAGCCCCGCGCCAGCCCCGGGCGCGCCCGAGAGGCUGUGCGGCCACCACUUCGUGCGCGCCCUGGUGCGCGUGUGCGGGGGCCCGCGCUGGUCCCCCGAGGCCGCCCAGCCCGUGGCUGCCGGCGAUCGGGACCUGCUGCGGUGGCUGGAGGGCCCGCACCUCCUCCACGCACUGGCGGCGGCCGACGGCGACGCGCAGCCCCCGCCCCAGGGCUCUCGGCGCCGCCGCGCAGCAGGGGACAACCCCGCGCUCCGGUGCUGCCUCCGCGGCUGCGACCGCCAGGACCUGGUGUCUCUGUGCCCCCACUGA